GCCACGUGACCGCCGUGGCGCUGUGCUCGAGGGUGCGACGUCGAGCGCUUCGCAGUUAUGGGUGUCCGUGGGCGCUGUGUGUGUCCGCCUGCACGGCGACGGCCAGCGUCGUGGGAUCUGCCCUGGCAGCCGUUGUGAAACAUCAGCGAGGCCAUACGCGGCCCGGGGACCAGGUCUGACCGCUCGUGUGUAUCCAUGCCUUCCGCCAUACCCCUGCUUUCAGGGGCUGUCUACCUCGGUACUGGGAGGCUGAGGGGCCAUCGGCAGCAUGCACCCGUCGAGCGAGGCGAGCAGCGACACGGACGAAGUGGCGCGGCUCUUCCCAAAGUGCCGAGGUCGUCACGACGGCCACUCCCAAGACGACGACGAUGAGGCGGACAGCCUGAACAACAACCACCACCCGAUGGAGGACGGUUCCGUGGUGAGCGCCUACGACACGCCGUCGCGAAUCGAGAUCGCCGGCGGACGGGAGAUUUUCUGUAAGAGUCGAAGUCGACCCAAGCGGCGCCAGCGCGAUGCCGCCGAGGCAUGGGAGGACGAACCGCUCGUGUACGAGGCGCCGGUCUGCGGUGCAGAAGUGUACGACGAUAUCGACGAGCGUACUACCAACGCACCGGCACGUCUCAUCGGUAACGUGCCCAUCGCUCAGUACGAGGGUUCACCGCGCCGCUACGGACCGCGGCCCGGUUACCCACAACGCGUGGCCGCCGAUGCUCAGCCAGAAGCGGACGAAAAUACGGUGUGCGGAAGCUCGUACGUCGGGCAGCGACUGGCGGGAGCCACGCCGAGCCCCCGCACCCCUCCGAGUCCGCGGCCUCCUAGCCCGCGCCUCGGUGGCACGCCGGUGGCAGCGAGUCCCGACCCAGGGAGUACGGGUGGUGGCAGCCCCCGCAGGCUGAGCCCGCGGCCGCGAAGUAACAGCAGUACCGAGACCGGCGAACAGAUGGACGAACAGACGAGGAAUCUGACGCUUUCGCCCGACGGCACAGAUUGCGAGUCGGCCAGCGAGGCCAUGUCACUAGCGGGCUCUGCCGAUGCACCGCUGGCCAUGCCUGUGCUCGAGGACGGCCUCUCGAGUGGCCACCUGUCGGACACGGAGGGCUCCGUUGGGGGAGGCACACAGCCACCUUCCGACGAUGUGGUGUCCGAUGCGAUCCGCGAGAUCCAACAGGCCAUCCAACACAGCAAGCGCCUGGCACUCAAGAGCUGUGGCCCUGCCGAAAGAGGGGAUGCCCCACCUGUCUGGGUGCCCAGACUGUCUCAGUCUACCCGAGAAGACCAGGCCCCUGAUGAUGAUUGUGACACAGAUCAGGAAACCGACCGACUUCUAGGGGCGCAGAGGUCGGAUGACCGGGGCUUCUUUGACGACAAGGCCCAGAAUUCUGUGGGAAAAAAGAAAAACACUUCGAAGGAAGUCCUGGUACAUGAACCUGCAGUGCUGAUUGAAGGGGUGCUCUUCCGAGCCCGCUACUUGGGGUCGACGCAGCUUGUGUGUGAGGGGCAGCCCACCAAAGCCACCCGUAUGAUCCAGGCAGAGGAGGCCGUGUCGCGCAUCAAGGCACCCGAAGGAGAAGCGCAACCUAGUACAGAAGUGGACCUGUUCAUCUCCACUGAGAAAAUCAUGGUGCUGAAUACGGACCUCAAGGAGAUCAUGAUGGACCAUGCACUACGAAGCAUCUCCUACAUAGCGGACAUUGGGGACCUGGUGGUGCUGAUGGCACGGAGGCGAACUCUGGAGGAUGAUGCGGGAGGCGGGAGUAAGCUGCGACGCACUCCGAAGAUGGUCUGCCACGUGUUUGAGUCGGAAGAGGCCCAGUUCAUUGCACAGUCUAUUGGUCAGGCCUUCCAGGUGGCGUACAUGGAGUUUCUAAAGGCAAAUGGAAUUGAGGACUCAUCUUUUGUCAAAGAAAUGGACUACCAGGAAGUGCUCAACUCUCAGGAGAUCUUUGGAAAUGAGCUGGAGAUGUUUGCCAAAAAGGAACGUCAGAAGGAGGUGGUUGUGCCUAAGCACAAGGGCGAGAUCCUGGGCAUGGUCAUCGUCGAGAGUGGCUGGGGCUCUAUGCUGCCAACCGUGGUCGUGGCCAACAUGGCGCACAACGGUCCAGCCGCCCGCUGCUCACAGCUGAACAUAGGCGACCAGAUCAUUGCUAUCAAUGGAGUCAGCCUUGUGGGCCUGCCCCUUUCAACCUGUCAGGCAUACGUCAAGAACACCAAACACCAGAGUGUGGUCAAGCUGACGGUAGUGCCUUGUGCACCUGUUGUUGAAGUCAAGAUUAAGCGGCCUGACACCAAGUACCAGCUGGGCUUCAGUGUGCAAAAUGGCGUCAUCUGCAGCCUACUCCGCGGUGGCAUUGCAGAACGUGGCGGUGUCCGGGUUGGUCAUCGCAUCAUCGAGAUUAACGGACAGAGUGUUGUGGCUGUGCCCCAUGAGAAGAUUGUGAACCUGUUGGCCACAUCAGUUGGAGAGAUUCACAUGAAGACAAUGCCAACAUCCAUGUUCAGGCUGUUGACUGGUCAGGAAACGCCCAUGUACAUCUGAGCAGUGUUGUGAGGAUGCAGUGGCCACAUGUCUGUUAUAGUCCCUCAUCUAGUCAUGGUAUUUUCUCUUGCUGCAAGAGGUUUGGUGCGCAUGGACAUGAAAGAGCACAAAUUCGACGUUUGGAUAGUGAACACCAGGCUGCCAAGUGUGCGCCGCUUCAUAUUGCUGUGGAUCUACUCUACUUUUGUCUGCGAAGAGUCGUUACGAACUUUGCGGGUAGUUCAGCACAAAAUUGCAUGGGCUUCUCUGCACCUUAGCUUUUGCGACAGCACUGUACAAGGUGUGGUCAAGAUGCUGCCAUUACUUCACUCAGGCACAACUGUAUCUUCUCCCACUCCCCCAAUUUCGGGUACUGCGUGGACAGUGGUAAGCCAUCAAGACGUCUCGUGAUGACAUGAAGGAGGAAGUGCAAGCCGUCUUAUCACGGGCAGGUGGAAGUGAUGCUUUAUGGUCUCAGUAUGGUACCACUUGCCUGUUGGGACCACACAAGAAGUGCCAAGGGUACCUCAUAGGAUUGCACUGAACGAAGUCUCCUUCAUGAGAAAGUAUCAGAUGGAGUGAUAACCGUACUUAAUGCAUGGAAUGGUUUUAGCUGUGGCAAGUCUCCGAGCUUGCGGAAAAGGACUCCCUUUGAGAAGGAACUGCUCCAGCACUGCUGUGCUCAUUAGUGGUGGUCUGGUAUUGCACACGCAGCACAGCUAGAUGUGCUGAUUUGCUGCCAUGACUGGCCUUUGAACUGAUAAAGGAUGCUGUUUUGAUCAGGGCAGCUCUGUAAGAGCUCACACCUUUCCAACUGACAUUUCUUUUUUUUCUACCAAGCAAGUCACAUUGUGCCAUGGCAUCAUCGUGUUGUUUAGCAACCAACUCAUCUGCUAAGCCUGAGAUGCGUCGAGAGAGUGGUUUAUGCAACUUCUGCAUGAUUCUUCCAGGGCAUGUGUCUGCUAGAAUAAAUGCUCUCUUAUAUGUGAUGCAUGCCAAUUUGAAAGUCUAGUACGGCAUGCGUCCAAUGUGUGAACAGAUGUUUCGGUGUUUGUUGAGACAAAAAAUGAAGAGUACUAUACUGGAAUGUGUGUGCUUUUGUGAAGAAAUUAUGGAAAUUGAUCUUAUUUAUAGGUGGAGACAAAGUCGGCAGCCCUAUACAUUUUUGUCAAGUCAGUCAUAGUUCCUAAGAGCUUGGCAUGGGCUGCGAAUAUAAAACAAAAUAACAGAGUUUUUUUGUCUGUUCACAGUCUGUAAAGACUUACGAAGCGUUUCUGCUCGUAAAAUGGAAUCUCUCGUCAACAAUAAAGAAAUGCUCGUGCUGUCUA